UCAGCCGUCUCGUCACUUCUGGUCCAAGAUGGCUGCUCUGAGAAGGAACCUGAUGCAAAAUGAGCAGUUGAGUUGGACAGAUGACCUCCCCCUCUGCCAUUUAUCUGGCAUAGGAUCCACUACAAACAGGUCCUAUAACUCAGAAGGAGUCCCCAAGGAAGAGCAUCCCUGUGAAGACAACUGGCUCAAGUUCAGGGGAGAGAAUAACAUCUAUCUUUAUGGAGUGUUCAAUGGCUAUAAUGGAACCAGAGCCACAAAUUUUGUCGGCCAGAGGCUGGCAGCUGAACUCCUCUUGGGGCAGUUGCAUUCAGACGUCACAGACGCAGAAGUUCAGAGAGUGCUUUUGCAGGCAUUUGAUGUGGUUGAAAGAAGUUUCCUAGAGUCUAUAGAUGAUUCCCUAGCAGAAAAAGCAAGUCUCCUGUCUCAGCUACCGGAGGGUACAGCACUUCAGCAGCUCCCCAGCCAGUACCAGAAGAUUGUAGAGCGACUUAACACCCUAGAGAAGGAGAUUUAUGGGGGCGCCAUGGUUAUUGUGGUGUUAAUUGUGAACAACAAACUUUACGUUGCUAAUGUUGGUACCAACAGAGCUCUGCUAUGCAAAUCUACAGUGGAUGGACUGCAGGUCACACAGCUUAAUGCUGAUCACACAACCGAAAAUGAAGAUGAGAUAUUCCGACUAUCCCAGCUUGGGUUGGAUACAGCCAAGAUAAAGCAAGCAGGUGUUAUAGGAGGCCAAACAAGCACUCGAAUAAUUGGGGAUUACAAAGUCAAAUAUAACUACAAUGACAUGGAGUUGCUAAGUGCAGCAAAAUCUAAGCCAAUCACAGCAGAGCCGGAAAUCCACGGAUGUCAGCCCUUGGACGGUGUAACAGGAUUCCUGGUCCUGAUGUCAGAAGGGUUAUACAAAGCUCUGGAUGCUGCACAUGGACCCGGACAAGCAAAUCAGGAGAUAGCAGCAAUGAUUGCCACAGAGUUUGCCAAGCAAGUGUCUCUGGAUGACGUUGCUCAGGCAGUGGUGGAGAGAGUCAAGCGGAUACAUCAUGGCACCUUUGUCAGUGGUGGAGAGCAUGCCAAAUUCUGUGCCAAGCACGAAGACAUGACCUUGCUUGUCCGUAACCUGGGCUACCCUUUGGAAGAGAUUAACCAAACUACUCUUACUCCUACCCAGGGUGGCCGAGUAUACCCGGUAUCUGUGCCCUAUUCCAAUGCCCAGAACACUAGUAAAACCAGUGUCACGCUCUCUCUGGUUAUGCCAUCACAGGGAACAAUGGUGAAUGGUACCCACAGCAGUUCAACACUGGACGGAACAACUCCAACACUGCAGUCGCCUAGUGCAACCCUCCAGUCCACUAACACUCACACACAGAGCAGCAGCUCCAGCUCAGAUGGUGGCCUCUUCCGCACUCGUCCAUCACCAUCUCUUCAGCCAGAUGAGGAUGGUCGGGUAGAACCCUAUGUGGAUUUCACAGAAUUUUAUCGCCUCUGGAGCAUGGAACAUAGUGAUCCCACGGCUUUAGUCACUGCUCAGUGAGCCAAAAUUUAAACUGUGGUCAACUGUUCUCAAUGUCAUAUAUGACUGUUGCAGUUUUACAUCAAGUCUUAUAAACUGCAAGAAAAAUGGUCUUUUAAAUAUAAGAAGAAAGUCAACUCUGUUGGUUGUGACACCAUUACACCUGAAGAGUCGUUGUUUCUAAUGUGCUCUUGAGGACUGGAGGUUCUUAAUGAAAUCUGUCUGUAAGUUUGUCCCUUUGACAUUGGGUGCAGCGUCCAAGGGUGUUGUGUGCAUAUUUUAUUCCGCUGACCUAUUCUACGGACGUGUGAAUGGACCCUAAAUGGGUUGUCUCACUUCAGCAAAUGUAAUUUACCAUGUACAGAAACUUAAAAAAAAGGCACUUACUAAUAUAUUAUGAUUGUCCAUAUUGCCUCCGUUGCUGGCUUGAUACAUUAUGACACAUUAUACACUGCUCUUUUCCAGAGGUUAUGACCUGCCUGCAAUUCAUCAGCAGUGGUCGCGCUUGCACACUAUAGGAAUAAGCACUGGCAUAUGCACAUUCCCAUACACCCGGCCACCAGAGAGGCUGGAGCUUUUUCCUAUAGUGUACAAGCACGGCCACCGCUUCUGGAUUACAGGGUGGUCGUAACCCCUGGAAACAAGCAGUGUAUAAUGUGAUUGAAAAAUUCAUCAAGCCAGCAAAAGAGGCAAUAUGGGUUAAUCGCAAUACAUUAAGUGUCUGGUAUUAACUUUGUCUACAUCAGGGAUGGCCUACCUGAGGCUCCACAGCUGUUGCAAAACUACAACUCCCAGCAUGCCCACAGUGCCUACAGCUAUGAGCCUACAGCAGGGCAUGGUGGAGUUGUAGUUUUGCAACAGCUGGAGAGCUUCAGGUUGGCCAUCCCUGGUCUACAUGAUAAAUGCCAUUUGCUGAAGUGAGACAACCAUCUUAAAUAAGUUGGAGAAGCAGAUGGGCUUAUAAAAGGGGAAAAAAAAGCUGAAUUCACCUGCUAAAGGUUUCUCCUCUCCAGCUCUGUUUUCUGGUCCCCAUUGAUCCAGAAAUCCAUGUUUGUCAUUCAUGAGACAGCUCAGCCAAUCACUGGCCUCAGUCGCAUGCUUUUUAUUUUCACAUGACAAAAAGUUGAAAAGCGAUUCAUACAUAAGCAGGGUUUUACUCAAGAAGCCAUAUUUUUCCUUCAGUAAUGAUACAUUCCGGUGUAAUCAGAUUAGAUCAUUUCUUGUUUGCGUUGGUUAGAAUAUUGGAAGCCUGCGGGCCAGUAUAAGCAAGGCAAAUUGAUGCAGCAGUGAAUGUUUUCAUCGUGAACUCUUAACUUUCAAGUAUGAAAUGUUUAACUGUGAAAGUAUAGAGUUUUACUUCAAACUGAGAUGAGACUACUUGGAAGACGUCAUUUAAAUCCAUUCACAGUUACUGCUGUCCUUUACUUUAGCCAGGGCAAAGAUUACUUCUGCUGCCCUCAUCCUCCAUGUAAAUACGCUGGCAAACGCCUAGUCGCUUGUUGGCACCCAGCACCCAAGGCACUUGGCUCGCCAGACCCAUAGCUGCACUCCUGUGUUAUAUAUUUAUCCACAGCUAAAAUUAAACCUUAACAAACUACAGUGUUAUCCUAAUUUUUUCAAUUGUCCAGGUAUUUUCUAAGCUUUUAUGCUACACUUGCAGGUUUCUGCUGGGUUUACUGUAGCAGUUUGUCAUGCAGAAAAGGAAUACUGUAUGUACAAGUGAUUGGGAUUUUUGAAACACUGCUGUGUUUUUAUUUUUUUAAGUAAUUACACUCAAUUCUCUACACUUUUGCAGUAUUUCUUCUUCACUAACAAUUUCAGUUUGAAGAAAAUACAUAUGGUUAUUGUAGUGCCCCAUGAGGCACUAAAUCCUGUAAAUCCUUUUCCUUAGAACCAGUUCUGGCAACUAUUCCUAAAGCUACUGUACUCAAAAUCAAGAGCAGGAACCACAUUUGUACCAUAGGUUUAGAUGCAGUAGUGAUACCACCAGCACUAGUACUACCAUGUGUAAACCCACCUUUAAAGUUACCCAUGCUUCCUUUUUUUCUUUAAAAUGAAAUACUAGGCUUUCUCCGACGCUCUCAUAGAAAGAAAUGGAGCGUCUGUGCGCAUUUCCGAUAAGGCUUCAUGGAGUACGGUGCCCCCGUUCUUGUAAUCGGUGGGAGUCCCAGCAGUAGGAUCCCCACCAAUCUAAUAGUUAUCUCCUAUCCUGUGGAUAGAGGAUAACUUUCUCUAAGGCUACUUUCACACUCGCAUUUGGUGCAGAUCCGUCAUGGAUCUGCACAGACGGAUCCGUUCAGA